GUAAAUCGGUCCAGUGAUCAAAGCAACACCGGCGUGCAAAGCGCGUUUCCCAAGCUAGCAUUAGUACGCCCUCAUUAAUUUUUGUCAAAAAUAGCGUGUUGUAGGGGUGGACUGGCAGGUGCAGAAAGACAUAGACGUCAUCUCAUACUCACAUGAACUUGACAGCAGUUAACCCUCCCACCACAUAUCAUCGAUUACGUAGCGCCCGCAGCUAGGGAAGUAGUGUCGUUUCUAAAUAAACACGGUAAUUAUCCCUCUCUUACUUUCCCAAGGCCAAGACCCCUCGGCAUUGUCUUCAGUGCCAUUCAUCUGCUUCAUCUGCAUCGGGUAUUAUCCGUAUUAAGACGACUAACUAUGGCUACUGCUGGCGAUCAAUAUGACUUCCGAACGGGGAAUAUCUGGAACUUCGCGAAUCGCGACGACAUACAGCAAGUCAAGCGGUUGGUUGGAAGUGCCACUAGAAGGGGCGCAGCCGGCAGAAGUGCCGGCGACCCAAUGAAGACAAACGGCGAUGAACUUCUAGUAGGAAAUUAUGAGGAAGGCGAUGCACGAAGGGGAGCAGGAGUUCGGUCUGGGAGAAGUUCUGAAGAAAAGAAAAGCAGCGUUGGCAAAAGUCAAGCCAGUGACGAUGGUGCUCCACCUGUCGGCGAGGACACGAACACAAGUUUUCAGAACUACACCGAAUUCGGGCUAGGACCCGAGUCCCUGUCCCCGCAACUCACUACAGCCGUGGAGGCUAGGAGAGAGCAAGACAGUGCUUCGUGCUACUUUUCGUCCGAGGUAUCUCCAGAGCUGCGCAACAAAGUGGGGUGGACGCCGCUCCACGCAGCGGCCCAUGGAGGAGCGCUCCGCGUGCUAUCGUGGCUUCUGUAUACGUGUCGCGUCGAACGAAAUCCGCAGUGUAACGCAGGCCGAACGCCCCUGAUGGAUGCGGCUCGGACGGGUAACUUUCACGCCGUGAAACUGCUACUGAAGGCGAAAGCGGACGCUCUGGCGGAAGACAACCAGCAGCGAACGGCGUUGCACUACGCCGCUAAAGAUCGAGCCACGCGCGACCUCCUGGCUGCCAAAAUGACACAGAAAAACACUGGCCCUAUCAGCGAAAGUCAAAAUGUGUUUUUACCAGGCACAGGAGAUGAUGUUGUCAGGAAGAAUGCCCACGCAAGAGCGGGCGGCCAGAUAGACAACAGUCCGGCGGCGGGCAGAAAAGCGCAGCGCAAGAAAAAGUUUGGCCGCAAUGUCGUCAGUUCGGAGGACGACGAACAAGGCAAAGCUACGGGUAAGAUCGUAAAAUAGAUACAAAUACAAUAGAGAUGCGCCCCUGCAUAUGGUUAAGAAAGCUUUUUUCUCGCAUAAAACUAAAUUAAAAUUCGCUUCAGAUGCGCGUUUUGCUUUUGAAAUAAGUAAGUAAAAGAAAUGCGCGCGACCUGCAGACAUUUUCAUUUUCACAUCUCUGGAAGAAAAAUAGAAAAAGAAGUUGCGAUUUCGCAAAAUAGAAAUGCAGUAUGCAGAAAAGCAAGCACGAUGCAGGAAUGAGCAUCAGCAUUCUUUUGAGUUACAGUGUGAUUUUAGACCGGCACUCUUGCCGUCGGAGAAAGGAAUCGAAUUUUCCGG